ACGCCCACGCCCAAGCACCGCCAUCACCGUCACCAUGGCCGAGAACGACUCCUUCCUCCAUCUUGCGCGCCCGCUCGGCCCUGCCUCCAUGGGCGCCCAGCCGUCGACUGCCCCGCUGAACGUCGCCAUCCAGCCCCAGGCCGUCUUCUCCAUCCUCGACCACUCCCUCCGCCGCCCCGCCGAGCAAGAACGCGUCAUCGGCACCCUCCUCGGCACCCGCAGCGAAGACGGCACCGAAAUCGAGAUCCGCAACUGCUAUGCCGUCCCCCACACCGAAACGGCUGAGCAGGUCGAGGUCGACAUGGACUACCAGAAGCAGAUGCUCGCCCUGCACCUCCGCGCAAACCCCCGUGAGGUCCUCGUUGGCUGGUACGCCACCAGCAGCGACCUCAACACCUUCUCCGCCCUCAUCCAGAACUUCUACAGCCAGCAAGGCGACGGCACAUGGCCACACCCGGCCGUCCAUCUCACCGUCUCCACCGUCCCUGGAAAGGAUAUCGAGUCCAAGACGUACAUCUCCGCGCCCAUUGGUGUGACGGCUGAGCGCGCCGCAGACUCGUGCCUCUUCAUCCCCGUGCCCCACGAGAUCAAGUACGGCGAGGCAGAGAGGUCGGGCCUGGAGCUCAUUUCGUCGGCAAAGGACAAGGAGGACCGGUCACAGGACGUCAUGACCGAUCUCGAUUCCCUGGAGCGCGCCAUCACACACGUCCUGGACAUGCUCGAGCGCGUCUCCAACUACGUUAACAACGUCCUGGACGAGGAGGCCGAGCCGUCGUCUGCGCUGGGACAGUUCCUCAUGAACGCCCUCAGCCUGGCGCCAAAGGUCGAGCCCGCCGACAUUGAGCGCGAUUUCAACGCGCACAUCCAAGAUGUCCUCGUCGUAUCAUACCUCGCAAACACCAUUCGCACACAGAUCGACCUCUCGAAUCGUCUCGCAACUGCGGCACUUACCAUGGGCGGCGGCGACCCGCUCGCUGGCGAUGGCAAGAAGGAUGGUGACAACAGGGGCAAGGGUGGUGACAGGCGAGGUGGCGGCAAGGGAAGGCAGCAGAGGGAACAGGAAGCUUGAAUUGACGGGUAGGCACACUGCAUGGAGUUUGGCGUUUCUUAAAUGACAUGCCACUGGCGAAAAGGCAGUUUCAAAGUGGGGCGACACCAACCACCCGCUUUUGGGGCCAGCAAGAGCUGUGCCUGGGAAAAGCUACAAGUCUAGGUCUCACGAAAGGACAAUGGGGUAGAGAGAAGAGAGCGAAGAUGAUUGAAUGGCCCCCCCUCAACUCGCUGCUCUCCACAUUUAACCGGGGGGCGUAGCAUGAGGGCGCUGUAUAAGUACUACAUUUAUCCCCACAGUAGCAUGGUCGACACUUAUGUCUAGAUGCCAA